CACACCCUCUCACCGCCCUCGCUCUCACAAUGUCCCUAGCACGCCCCUCGUCGUCUCUCAUCAUCACUGCCCCCUGGCGGGCAGCAGCAUCGCCCUACAACUACCGCAUCCUGAUGGCCAAGCGCGUCAGUAGCGGCAGCUUCGAGAACGCCUAUGUGUUUCCCGGCGGCGUGGAGGAGCCCAGCGACUCGCAAUGGCAAAUGUCACCACACAAGGUCUGUGCGCUCCGCGAGACCUUCGAAGAAACAGGCAUUCUGCUCGCCUCGCCCACAUCGACGGCCAGCCCUGGCCAGGACUUUUUCUCCCAGUGCUCCACCCGCACGCUCCUGGAUAUCCGCCAGAUUGGCCGGUGGGUGACGCCGCGCGAGCAAAAGAAGCGCUUCGACACGCGCUUCUUUUUGCUGUCGGUGCGGGAUGCCGAUACGGAGAUUCUGGGUCAGAUCAAGCGCGCCAGCGUGCAGGAGUCUGAGCUGGUGCGUCUGGACUGGCUCACACCCGGCGAGAUCCUGGAGGCCAACAGAGGCGCCACGCUGCCGCUGUUUCCACCACAGUUCUAUAUUGUCAACGAGCUGAGCAGGUGGCGCAGAUGGCAGGACCUCGGCGCGGAUCCGCUGGCGCUGGGCGACCCCGAUAACCCUAUCGAGCCGCUGCUGAUUAAGCACAAUGGGAAUAUGGUGUCGCUGUUCCCGGGCGACUGCGCCUAUCCGAGAGGCACUGAGAGAACCCCAAGCGCCAGUCUGGAUGGCUGUGACGGCCCGCUGCAUCGUGUGGUGAUGAAGAGAGCCAAGACUGGCGGAUUCGUCCAGUGCGAUCUCCAGAAGCGCCUUGGUGUGAGUGCGCCAAAGCUCUGACGUGUGCCUCCGUUUCCCCUGUUUUUGGCCGAAUCAUGCGAUUCUGAUCCUCCCUCUCCACCAGAGGCGUCAUUGAGCACCGCCCUGCUUUAUACAGCCCGCGGAUCGGCACUGUGCCAUGCGUCGGCUUCCUUGCACAUGUAGUGAGACCUGCCUUCUAUUUUUGCCGAGAGGUGUUGGGUUGCUGGCGAUAAAAAUAAUGAAUCUGCCAAAAUAAACACUCUUCAUCAC